GGGGAGGUGCCCGGCCCGCCCCGGAUGGGCAUCGUGGAGCCGGGCUGCGGAGACAUGCUGACGGGCACGGAGCCCAUGCCUGCGAGCGAAGAGGGCCGAGCGCUUGGCGCCGACCCGCAGGGCCGCUACUUCUACCCGGAGCCCGCUGCGCAGGACGCGGCCGACCGGCGCGGAGGCGGCAGCCUGGGGGCGCCCUAUCCCGGGGGCGCCCUGGUGCCGGCUCCGCCCGGCCGCUUCCUGGGAACCUACGCCUACCCGGCCCGGCCCCAAGCCGCCGGCUUCCCCGGCGCGGCCGAUCCCUUCCCGCCGCCGGCGGGCGCCGAGGGUUACCAGCCCCGGGACGGCUACGCGGCCCCUGACCCGCGAACCGGCCUCUACGCCGGGCCGCGAGAGGACUAUGCGCUGCCCGCCGGGCUCGAGGUGUCGGGGAAGCUGCGCGUCGCGCUCAACAACCACCUGUUGUGGUCCAAGUUCAACCAGCACCAGACGGAGAUGAUCAUCACCAAGCAAGGCCGGAGGAUGUUCCCAUUCCUGUCAUUCACCGUGGCCGGGCUGGAGCCCACCAGCCAUUACCGGAUGUUCGUGGACGUGGUCUUGGUGGACCAGCACCACUGGCGGUAUCAGAGUGGCAAGUGGGUGCAGUGCGGAAAGGCAGAGGGCAGUAUGCCAGGAAACCGCCUGUACGUCCACCCGGAUUCCCCGAACACUGGAGCUCACUGGAUGCGUCAGGAAGUUUCAUUUGGGAAACUAAAGCUCACAAACAACAAGGGGGCCUCCAACAAUGUGACCCAGAUGAUUGUGCUCCAGUCGCUCCACAAGUACCAGCCCCGGUUGCACAUUGUUGAAGUGAAUGACGGUGAGCCAGAGACGGCCUGCAACGCAUCCAACACCCAUGUCUUUACUUUCCAAGAAACCCAGUUUAUCGCUGUGACGGCCUACCAGAAUGCCGAGAUUACUCAGUUGAAAAUUGAUAAUAACCCUUUUGCCAAAGGAUUCCGGGAGAACUUUGAGUCGAUGUAUGCAUCUGUUGAUACCAGUGUUCCCUCCCCACCUGGACCCAACUGUCAGUUGCUUGGGGGAGACCACUACUCUCCUCUCCUACCCAACCAGUAUCCUGUCCCCAGCCGUUUCUACCCUGACCUCCCUGGCCAGGCCAAGGAUGUGGUUCCCCAGCCAUACUGGCUAGGGGCCCCCCGGGACCACAGCUAUGAGGCAGAGUUCCGAGCAGUCAGCAUGAAGCCUGCAUUCCUGCCCUCCGCCCCUGGGCCCAACUUGUCCUACUAUCGAGGCCAGGAGGUCCUGGCACCUGGUGCUACCUGGCCCGUGGCUCCCCAAUACCCCCCCAAGAUGGGCCCAGCCAGUUGGUUCUGCCCCAUGCGGACUCUGCCCAUGGAGCCUGGCCCUGGUACCUCGGAGGGCCGGGGACCAGAGGACCAAGGCUCCCCCUCAGUGUGGACUGAGAUCACCUCCAUUCGGCCAGAAUCCAGUGACUCAGGACUGGGAGAAGGAGACUCUAAGAGGAGGCGAGUGUCCCCCUACCCUUCCAGUGGCGACAGUUCCUCCCCUGCUGGGGCCCCUUCUCCUUUUGAUAAGGAAGCUGAAGGCCAGUUUUAUAACUAUUUUCCCAACUGAGCAGGUGAUGCGGUGAAAGGAACAGAAGCAGUGUUAUUAGGCUGAAGGAUGCCAACUAACUUAGAAAACAGACUGAGGACUGAGAUGCCCCCAGCUCCCUCUGUCCCUUUUCCAUAUAGCAGUUGGUUGGGGAAGAGAGGGGCCAAGAAGGAUCGUGGGGUUCAUUGCUGCUUCCUGACCCGCAAUGAACUAUGAGAGGAGUGUCCCUGCUCCUUUCUCUGCCCUAACUACAGUCAUUUACCUGGUGCUGCUGCUGGCUUUUGGUUCCCACCUGGAGAACAGAGAACAGAGAAGGUCUUGGACCCAGUGGGGCUUCCUUCUGUCAGGAUGAGUGGGUUAGGUGGAAGAAGGCUGGGGACUAGACAUUCAGCUCCCUUCCUUUGUAAAUUAAGUUUCAGAAUUUUUGUUUGCAUGUAUAUUAAUCCCUGAUCUGAAAAUAAAUAUUCAUGGAUUUUAUAGCAGUCCACCAGCCAGGGGCAGGGAGAGGACUCAGGUGACCUGGGGCAGCUGGCCUGGGCCCCACCCUCUCUGAGGAGUGGGGUUCAGGGGAAGGGGUUGGGAAGUGUGAGAUGGUGCACAUCUCAAGAAGCAAGGUCUUGUUUGUUUUUGUGGUGGUGUGUGUGCGCGCUUUUUUCUUUUUUGGAACAGGGGAAGCUAUUUAUUGCAAAGAGAGUGGUGUCUGGAUGUAUUUCUUUUGUCUUCAUCACUUUCUGAAAAUAAACAUGAAACUGUUGAGUGUGUCCUUCUUCAGUACCUGGAGGUGUGGUUGUGGGUAAAACGGAAGGGGGCUAGACUGGGAACUGUUGGUGCGCUGAGGCUGUCCUUCUGGCUCGCAUUUUGGGGGACUGCCUAGAAACCUGAAAGGCCUUCAUGCAGAGGAUAAGCUGAGUUAGGCCACAGUCACAUGUCCUACUGUGAUGCGGUGGAUGGCUUUUUUGUGGUCUUUUUCACCAUGGUCUUAUAACUCCCACCCAAGUGAUUGAGUGGGAACUGUGCAAUAGGGUAAUUGUGGCCCACCAAGGGGAUUGGUCAAUGUCAUGGGUUGAAUUGUGUCCCCAAAAAAUACGUGUAAACUUGGCUAGGUCAUGAUUCCCAGUAUUGUGUGGUUGUCCUCCACUUUGUGAUGGUAAUUUUAUGUUAAAAAGGAUUAGGGUGGGGUUGUAACACCCUUCCCCAGGUCACAUCCCUGGUCCAAUGUAAAGGGAGUUUCCCUGGGGUGUGACCUGCACCACCUUUCAUCUCUUAAGAGAUAAAAAGGAAAGGGAAGCAAACAGAGAGGGAGACCUCAGACCACAGAGAAAGCAGUGCUGGGAGCACAGCACGUCCUUUGGACCCAGGGUCCCUGCACAGAGAAGCUCCUAGUCCGGGGGAAGAGUGAUGAGAAAGAAGGCCAACAGAGAGAGAAAGACUUCCCCCCUGGAGCUGAUGCUCUGAAUUUGGACUUUUAGCCUACUUUAUUGUGAGAAAUAAAUUUCUGUUUGUCAAAGCCAUCCACUUGUGGUGUUUCUGUUAUAGCAGCACUAGAUGACUAAGAUAGUCAGUUUUGCCAUCCCUCUGGGGCUUGAAAUGAGCCAUUCCAGAGGCGGGAAGGAAAGGAUCCCACCACCACCAAAGAAUAACAGCCAGGAGCAGAGAGCAUGCCUUCUGGAGCCGGGAUCCAUGCGCUGAGAAGCUCCUGGGACCAGGAGACAGAAAGACAGAGAGAGAGAAGUGGUGGCAGAGAAACCACAGCAGGAGAUAGCAUUGUGGGCUUUCUGGCCCAUGAAGUAAGAAAGCUGAGUGCCUUUAGUCGGGAGGCUUGUUGGCAGAGUAGAGUGCCUCUGGGCACUCAUGGGCAGAGCUAAAAGAGCUUUGUAACACUUGCCCAAGCAGGGCAGAGGCUGAGGGCCAGAGGGGCGUGCCUGUAAGCACAGUUAGGAAGGUCUGUCCUGAUGGAAGAACUGUAUGCUGAGCGUUCCUGAACCUGUAUUAUAACCUGUUACUUCCCUAAUAAACCCCAUAAAUGUCAGUGUUGUCUGUGAGUUCUAUGUGGCCAUUGCAAUGAAUUCCUGAACCCAGCAGAGAAGUAGAGAGUGCUGUGACAGGAACCCCUGGUGUCAGAAUUGGUAAAGAUGGCGGAGAGGGGAGGCAUGUCCGACCUCCACCUCAUAGGAAUCUGCCUUGGGCCGUUGAUCUGGAUUCUCCUUCCCCCUUUUAAGAUCAGACACCACCCCCACACCUACCUUCCCACCCAGCACUUGAAAUUAUGAUUGAUGCCCCCUCUUAAGGCAUCUUGGGACAGAUGUUUGUGCACCCUGACCUGGAGGGUGAGAGCAAGGCCAGAGGGCCAGGCUGGGAGUGUGGGGGACUCUGCAGAGAAGGAUGGGACUUUGAUUUCUUUUUCCAUCUCUAGCAACUUUGUCUCUCCAUUUGUAUCUCCAUCUCUAGGAUUGUUCAGGCAUUAAAGGAAUAAAUGAAAUUGCUUUUUUGUAGAUCGAGAACAUUCAGAUAUCAGCAAUUGUAUAGGAUUCACCCUAAUACAAGCAAAGGGUUUAGAAACUGUGCCUGACAAAUAGUAAGUCCUCAACCUAUAAGCUGUUGUUAUGGGUGUUAUCAUUCUCUAUCUCCAUUUCUAUCUCUUUACACACACUGAAUUAUUUUUGUAAAAUUAUACAUAUUUAUUUUAAAGAAUUCAAACAAUGCAAGUAUAAACAGAGCAAAAUAUUACCCCAAAUCCCACCACCCAUCAGUACUUAUCAUUAACGUUAGUUUGAUAGACAAAAUAAUUUUAUAAAAUUAGAGGAAAAAAAAUUAGAAUAAUACUGAAAAUGUUUUUUUUUCAAAAAAAUGAAAACUACUGAAUUUUAGCUUAUAGAAUUUAAUAGUACAAAAAAUAUAAUCAAACAAAACUCUCAAAAAUCCUCAAGUGAAAUGGAGGGAAUUAC